UAUCCACCCCUAACCCAACGAACUCCCUCUUCCCUCUCUGGAUCCGAACUCAACGAUCUAUCCCGAGAAAAAAUAGCUCAUACCUGAUGCCCCCAUACUCCCACCGCAACCCACCAACAUAACCAAAGCUCCCUCUAUCUCUCCCAUUCAACAUGGCGUCCUUCGACACGAUGAGCAAUGACGGAGGAGAAGAUCACAAUUCCUCCUCUCGCCCUCUUGACCACGACGCCGCCUACAUGGGCUACGACUCCUCCUCUUUCCCUCCUCCCCAUGCUUUCCCUUCCGAUGAUCUCACCAAUGAUCCUGCUCACGACACCAAUGAUUAUUUUGACACUACCAACAACAAUGACCUGCACUCUCCGGAUGUUUACGGGUUCGGGAUACCCGCGACCGACACUGACUACGCGACGCCUUUUGAUAUGUCUCUGAAGGAUGGAGUUGGAGAUGUUGAUGGUGGUGCAAUUGGUGGUGAUGAUGAUGAUGGGAUUUUUGCCUCUGAUGGGCCGAUGUUGCCUCCGCCUGAACAGAUGCGAGAGGAAGGCAUCGCGAGACGUGAAUGGCGCCGCCUAAACGCCAUCCAUCUUGAGGAAAAGGAGAAAAAAGAGAAGGAGAUGCGGAAUCAGAUCAUUGCUGAAGCAGAAGAAUACAAGCGAUCUUUCUAUGAGAAAAGGAAUCAAAAUUGUGAAACCAACAAGGCUAAUAACAGAGAAAGAGAGAAGCUGUACUUGGCUAACCAAGAAAAGUUCCACAAAGAAGCUCACGAGCACUACUGGAAAGCAAUUGCCGAGCUCAUUCCUUGUGAGGUCCCUAAUAUUGAAAGGAGGAGAGGGAAGAAAGAUCCUGACAAAAAGCCUUCAGUUGUUGUCAUUCAAGGUCCAAAGCCUGGGAAGCCUACUGAUCUUUCUAGAAUGAGGCAAAUUUUCUUGAAGCUGAAACAGAACCCUCCACCUCAUAUGAUGCCUCCACCGAAAGAUGGUAAGGAUGGCAAAAAUGGAAAAGAGGAGAAAGAUGGAAAAGAUGCAAAAGAAAGGAAGGAUGCCAAGAAUGACAAAAAUUCAACUCCAACUGAUUCCAGUGCUCCUGCUGAAAAUAAACCUGCUUUACCAGGGAAAGAUCCCGCUACUGACGGUGCUCCGGAGGAACCAAAACCAGAGACCCCAGCUCCAGCUGAGGCUGAGAAUACAGCUAAACCUGAUGCUGAUGAUUCCAAGUGAUGACAACCAUAUUUUUUUUUCCUUUUCUCGUGUUUAUAAUUUCUUGGUUUAUUUUUAAGCUUGGCUUAACCAUUCCUGAUGGAGAAUAAGAGCAGAGACCCGCAGAUGACUUUGAAAUCUGCUGCAUGAGCAGCAGAGAGCUUUCUUCCUAACUUGAUUUUGAAAAUGUAAUUUGUAGGCACUAUAUUUAAAGGAAGAUUCUCUAUU